CGCGGAAAAGGCAGAAGGCGGGAAACUGUGCGCUGUGUCGGGUUAAGGGGUUGCCGUCUUCCCUCCUCCCGAGACCUCUCAGUGCCUGGGGAGGCCUCUCCGAGGACAAGAGACAAAGUGACAUGAGAGAUUUGACUGUGCCCUGCACUGAAGAGCUUACUGGUAGAAUUAAUCCCUAAAGAGACCUGAAGUGGGUUUCAGGAUGGUGAAAGAAGAGCCCCCAAGUACUUCAAAGGACUUUCAGGAGCUGCAGAGGAGGGUGUCUUUGCUGAUAGCGUCUGUCCAGAGUAACUCAAAGGUGGUUGCCUUCAUGAAGUCUCCAGUGGGCCAGUACCUGGACAGGCAUCCUUUUCUGACCCUCACCUUGCUGGUGUUUGCUUCUGUGUCAGCCGUUCCUGUUGGCUGCUUCCUGCUCCUCGUGGUGCUUACCUCCCUGGCUGCGUUUUUGGGAGUCAUAUUACUAGAAGGACUGGUCAUCUCUGUGGGCAGCCUCUCACUGCUUUGUGUCCUCUGUGGCUUGGGCUUCGUGUCACUCAUCAUGUCAGGGACAAUCAUAGUGUCCUACAUGGUAGUCUCCAGCCUCGUCAACUACUGGUUUUCUCCCAGGACGUGAACCAUUGGUUCCCCCUAGAGUUGUGCACAUAGAAGUACUGUUUCAACCACCGCCUCUGCAUGGAUUCUACUAUCUGCUCCUCAUAGAACAGGAGAUUCAGCCUGGAUGUUGUGACACCCCAGCAAGGUAUGAUCAGGUGUGAGUUGUCACAAGGUUGAGGAUGACUAACUACUUCACAUAUUCUGCUGUGCUUCCUCGAGCAGGAGAUAACAGGUGGAACUAGAGGGGGGGGAAUUUGAGAAUAACCUGCUUUUUCUUACCUAUUCCACAGCAUCCCCCAAAACACGUGUGUGUGUACAGGCACACACAUACCCCGAGGGAUUAAAUAUGUGUGUGCACACACAUCUACCUGAGUAAUUAAGCAUGUGUGCAAAUACACACACACACACACCCUGAGUGGUUGGUAAGAAUUCUGAUAAUUACAAAUUAUUGAAGUGCUUUCUUUGCCUUCUUAGGGGAAAGAUAGGAGGUGGGGAUUACAUCCAAAUCUGGCAUGCCUCUUGGAUAUGUCUCUAUGGUGAAUAUUAUCCAUUGUGUGUGGAAGUUGAAAAUCAAUGACGUUGGAGCAUCCCACUCCCCACCUCCUGUUUCCAAACACUUCCACCUUCCACGAUCCAGCUCAAGGCUCAUCCCUCAGUGAAGUCAUGUCUCAUUUAAUGUACACUGUCUCUACACUUACAGCCCUCAUGGACCAGGCAUGGUAAGCAAAUGACAACUUCUCUGGGCAUUGGUUUCCUCAGUCAGUAACGAGAAUGCCGCCCAACCUGUCAUUGGGAACUGAGGCAAGUGAUCGCUAAAUUAUAAAAGUGCUACAAAACACUAGACGAUUAAACCCUUGCUUGACUAGAUUGUCUCUUGUUUGCCACUAUUCCCUUAUAUUUGUCCUUCCUCCCACCUGCCCUGCCUGCCUCCUCUCUUCUGGUGCUCUGGGAAUGGAAACAGUGUCUGUAUCUUUCCUUUUGGGUAGCCCAGAAACUUAAAUAUAGAAACCGCUGCACAAUAUUUUGCAUUGACUAGAAAGACUGAGGAAACUGAACCUAGAGGAGUUAUCCAUCGGGGGUGACGUUUCCCACCGCCACCCUGGGACAUUUGGCAGUGUCUGGAGGCAUUUUUGACUGUCAUGACUGUGUUUGGGGGAGAUGCUGCUGGCAUCUAGUGGGUCAGGGUCAUGGAUACUGCUCAACAUUCUUCAAUGCACAGGACAGCCCUUGACAACAAAGAACUAAGGGGCCCAAACACCAGUGCCAAGGUUGAGAAUCCCUGAUCUAGACAAAUAAUGAGAAUUUAGAGCAUUAGACCACACAACAGCAGAGCUGGGCUUGAGACAGGCUGGGACCUGGGGUCCUUUGCUGCUGUGCUGCAGUUCUGCAGUGCUUGCACCUGGACACACCUCUCCUCAAGCAACAAAAUACAAAGAAACUGUAUGGAACUAAAAAUAACUGCGUGAUAAUUUGGGGCAAAUUCUGGACAAAAGAUACAAAGAGACCAAAAAACCCAACUGCCAAUUUUGAAGAGCCCAGAGCAAAAACUGGGUGUGGGGAGCAAAAGCAGGGUACCGAGCAUGCCCCCUGCACCCAACACCACCUAAGGGGUGGGCAAACCACCUAAGCCACGCCUCCAGCUUGACCCCUGGACACACCCCUACCCUCACCCCACGUAAGGAAUAAGCUCGACCCCCUCAGGGAGCGAGCAAUCAAGGGAAACUGUUGUUUGUUCUCGCUCCCCUCUGCUGCAGCAGGGUCCCCAGUAAAGCCUUGCCUGAGUUUCUUGUCUUGCCGCUAGUCAACUUCUAUCAGUUGGGGAAGGCUAAGAACCCUGGUCGGUGUCAGGCUGAGGCGGGGCUGGGGUUGGCCAGGUCUGCACCAGAGCAGCUGGUUACACUAGCGGCUUCAGGGACACAUACACCUUCACGUCUGUGAAAUGUUUCAGGGUUUCCAAGAGCUUUCACAUAUGUUAUCAUCUCUGACCUUUCAUAAGAGUCCUGAGAGGUCCUCCUCUUCUCAUUUCCAUGCCUUACUAGGCAACUGGCCUCAGAAGAAACUGGGCGAACAAGCAAGUCAUUUCUGAAGGUCUCAGAGUUAGCUAGUGAUUAAGCCAGGGACCCACCAUCACCUGGCCCACUCAGGUGCUCUUCCUCUGCUCCCUGCUUUUUGCUAAAGCAGAAGUGGCAAGGGUGAGACAUUAGGAAGGUAGACUACUCGGUAAUUGGGAAUCAGAGAGCCAUCUGAGCUAGAGAGGGCAUGGGCCCCUCUGCUCAGGCAGUAGACAUUGAUCGGCUUCCCAAAACUGCAGAGGAGACUCAAGCCCCAUAUAUGCUCUAGUAGUCCUUAUGGCCCUAUUUAGGAGCUUCAAGUCCCAUUUGGAAACCUUAAAGAACCAGCAGAGGGAAAUGGAACAGAAGUGUUUCCUAAAGAAAAUGUUUCCUAAAGCCAGUAGAGGGCACUCACAUCAGGUGAUCUGGAGGUGACUCAACUGAGAGCUGGAAGAAGCUUUAGACUGUGCUUAUUAUUUAUUUAUUUGUUUAUUUAUUUUUGUGGUAUGCGGGCCUCUCCCUGCCGUGGCCUCUCCCAUUGCGGAGCACAGGCUCCGGACGCUCCACUGCAUGUGGGAUCUUCCCGGACCGGGGCACGAACCUGCGUCCCGUGCAUCGGCAGGCAGACUCUCAACCACUGCGCCACCAGGGAAGCCUUAGACUGUGCUUCUUAAACGUUAAUGUGCAUGUGUACAAGGGUUUAAAAGGCAGAUUCUGAGUCUGUAGGUCUGGAGCAGGACCUGAGCUUCUACAUGGCUCACCAGCUCCUGGCGAAGCUGUUACUGAACUAGUUUUGUUUGCCCGACCAGCGCUGAGACGCUGAGGUUUACAGCAGAGAAAGGGUUUAUUCACAAGGCAGCCAAGCGAGGAGACAGGAGAAUAGGUCUCAGGUUCUGCCUCCUCAAAGGCAAGAGGCUUGGGAUAUUUGUGGGUGGAGAGUAUAGGGUGAUCGAAGGUCCAGGGGAAGGUGAUUGGAGUCAGGAAAAAGGUGAGGUAAUCAGUGAUCUGCACAAGCAUAUCUGAGUUACAUGCUUCUUCAUGGGACACAUGCUUAGAAAAUGGUGGCAGUAGCAUGAUCUGAGGGUGGAGUUUUUGGCCCUCUGACGUCAAAAAGUCACCCAUGAGACACUUGUGCAGGCCCAGCUGAAUGGUUGGUGGUCUCAACUGGUUUGAACUGGGUAAGACUAGCUCCAUGUUCCUUAAAAACAACUUAAGCAAACAUUACUCUCAGAGGUGUUUUCUAUAAGGGGCUGUUAAAGGAGUCUUGAUAUAGUCCAAGUUACAUGAAGUUUGGAGGGUAUGCAAUUUGCAAAAGAAAGUAAGCUUGGUCAGUGAAGGCAGUUUAAAGGAUAUUAUUUAUUAAACACCUUAUAGUCUAAGGGAAUCUAACUGAUGACUGCCCUCGGUUUCAAAGCCCACCACUGAUCACACCCUGAGUGGCAAGGUAAUAGAUGCUCUCUCCAGUCUUCUCCUUCUACAGCUGGUACACCUGAGGCCCAGAGAGGAAGUGCACACUGUAAGUCUGCAGUGCCAGGGAUAGAACCCAUGUCUCCUGCAUCCAAUUCUUGCUUUAUGACAUCUUCCCUGCUCCUUUGACCCUGGAACAGAAUUAAGGCAGGAGGAUUCAUCUCUAAGUAAGGAUGAGAAGUAAGUGACUAUACUGUUUGCUUUGAAUCAAGCUUCUUUGCAUUGCAUUUUUGGUCAAAUCACUUCCCUCACAGAAGUAUCAGUGGGAGUUCAAAGAUGAACAGAAUCAGACUCUGGACCUCUUUUUUUUUUUGCGGUACGUGGGCCUCUCACUGUUGUGGCCUCUCCCAUUGCGGAGCACAGGCUCCGGACGCACAGGCUCAGCGGCCGUGGCUCACGGGCCCAGCCGCUCCACGGCAUGUGGGAUCUUCCCAGACCAGGGCACCAGGGAAGCCCAGACUCUGGACCUCUUGAGCCUUGAGGGAGCCAAAGCAAAAUAAAUCUGUUAACAAAACGUUUUCUUAUUUUUUUGAUUUAUACAAAUUUGGCUGUUAACCCAAAGAAAAGCUUACAUAUAAUUUGGUGUGUUCUUAUAGAUGCAAAUUAUGGUCAUAAACUUUAUUCUAAAAAUAAGGGUUCUUUAAGCCUGAAUGAUUUGGAAUGCUUUUACCUACAGGAAACAAAGUGCCUCCCUUAAAAAAAUAAGAACUCUUAGCAUCUCACUAAACAUGAAAUCCAGAUACAAGUGGUUCUAGGGUUGAUUUAGGAAACACAGUGACGUAAUCAGGGAUCUAGGCUUUCUGUGUCAUUACUCCACCGUUCUCAGAGAGCAUCUUUAGAUCUGUUUCCUCACGGUCACAAGAAAGCUGGCACAGCUCAAGGAAUCACAAUUCACACAACCACAGCCAAAGGCAGGGAGAAAAGGGGCUAGCCUUAUAUACCUUUUUUUUGAAAUGAGGAAAAAGACAGAAACCCCCUCCCAGUUUCUCCCUUAAAUCUCAUUGAACAGAACAGUAUCAUGUACCUACCACUACAUAAAUAUCUGCAAGGGGAAUUGAGGCUUUAUCUUGAUUAUUUAGCCCAAUCAGGAUACUAGGGGCAUGCUAUGUCAUUCCUGAACAAAGUCAAGUGUCGACUGAAAAAAAAUGCUCAAGCCAGAAGUUGAGAAUUAUGUUUUAUUCAAGGACAUUACUGAGGACUUAUCUCAGAAACAGCCUUUCAGAUAGCUCUGAGGAACUGUUGCAAAGAGCUAAGGGAGGAGUCUGGACGUAUAGGAGAUUUGCUGAAAACAAACAAACGUGGUCAAACAUCAAAAUAUUGCUAAUCACAAGAAACAGACAUCUCGAGUUAAUGAUUUUAGUGCUUUUCUGUGUAUGUGUAGAUGCAAGAGUCUGAGCUCUUUGAAAUUAUUCCUUUGAUAUGCGUCUUAACUAUCCAGGGCCAGUAUCUUGUUUUUUUCCAUCCUGAAUUCCCCUCAGGGCGCACCUUGGGGGCAGCUGCAGUGGCUGAGGGCUUGAUGGCAGGCAACAUUCUUUGUCCACACAGCCUUUGCGUUUGUCUAGCGCAGUGAUUCUUAUCCAGGGUACAUGUCAGAAUCGUCUGAGGAGCUUGUGUUCAGUUUCCUCUCCCUGCUGUAACAAAUUACCACAAGCUUAGUGGCUUAAAAAUAACACAGAUUUACUGUCCUACAAAUCUGGAGGUCUCUUACAGUUUCACUGGGCUGACGUCAAGGUGUCAGUGGGGCUGCUU